GGCGAAGGGGGUGUAGUCUGCGACUACCGCGGCAAGGAACGGGAGGGCGGCCAAAAGUGACUUCGAAUUGCAGCUAGCCGUUUGGAACAUGGCCCAAAAGGCUCUCAUUUUCCUGGCUGGAACCGCUGCCGCGGUGCUUGCCUGCGGUCCCGGUCUGGCGUUGCCGUCCGGCCGGGAGGGCGAGGAAUGGUGUAUGCUGGGAUCUGUAGUUCGCCCUCGUGAAGCUCGUCUUGGGAACAUUAAGAGGAGAAACCCGAGCCUUAUUCUGUCAGCGCAGCCUGGGGAUUAGGACCCCGAGUCGCCAAGGUGUCAGCACUCUUUGCUCUUGAGUUGAUUAAAAAGUGUAAUCAAAUGCAUAUAUUUUCUUCAAACAAGUUUUACCCGAAAGUUGGUUGGAAGAGGCUAAAUCAGGGCGUUCUUAAUUUGGCGUCUGCUAGGCGGCUUUUUAGUUCUGGAUUCUUUUCCGGCGUUUCCUAAGACACCUGUGAGUCGCGGGGCUUCUUUCUCAGUCUUUAAGUGGACAGUGCGCAUGCGCCGACUUCCUCUUUUUCCGGCUGGAACCAUGGAGGGUGUAGAAGAGAAGAAGAAGAAGGUUCCUGCUGUGCCGGAAACCCUUAAGAAAAAGCGAAGGAAUUUCGCAGAGCUGAAGAUCAAGCGCUUGAGAAAGAAGUUUGCCCAAAAGAUGCUUCGAAAGGCAAGGCGGAAGCUUAUCUAUGAAAAAGCGAAGCAUUAUCACAAGGAAUAUAGGCAGAUGUACAGAACUGAAAUUCGAAUGGCGAGGAUGGCAAGGAAAGCUGGCAACUUCUAUGUACCUGCAGAACCCAAACUGGCAUUUGUCAUCAGGAUCAGAGGUAUCAAUGGUGUGAGCCCAAAGGUCCGAAAGGUGUUGCAGCUUCUUCGCCUUCGUCAAAUCUUCAAUGGAACCUUUGUGAAGCUCAACAAGGCUUCAAUUAACAUGCUGAGGAUUGUAGAGCCAUAUAUUGCAUGGGGGUACCCAAAUCUGAAGUCAGUAAAUGAACUAAUCUACAAACGUGGUUAUGGCAAGAUCAAAAAGAAGCGAAUUGCUUUGACAGAUAACGCUCUGAUUGCUCGAUCUCUUGGAAAAUAUGGCAUCAUCUGCAUGGAGGAUCUGAUUCAUGAGAUCUAUACUGUUGGAAAACGCUUCAAAGAAGCAAAUAACUUCCUGUGGCCCUUUAAAUUAUCUUCCCCACGGGGCGGAAUGAAGAAAAAGACCACCCAUUUUGUAGAAGGUGGAGAUGCAGGCAACAGGGAGGAUCAGAUCAACAGGCUUAUUAGAAGAAUGAACUAAGGUGUCUUCCAUGAUUAUUUUUCUAAGCUGGUCAGUUAAUAAACAGUAUCUGCUCUCAAUUGAAAUGUAUUGUUGUAUUUGUGAUUUCUUUUGUUGUUAGCCUUUGUCUUCCCUUCACUAUGGUGGCAAGUCCUGUGUGUGAUAAAAUUGAGCCAAAUCAAUAGCCCAUUACAUGCAAAAUCAGAGUUUAGAUUGUGUGAAGGACAUCUCUUGGGUUUUUAAAAGGCUUUUCUCAGCUACUCAGGGCGUACAGCCUAUGGGGUAGCCCUGCAAAAAAAUUAAAAAUUUUAAAAAAGGCUUUUCUCUACAAAAGAUCUUAGCUUUUUGUCUUUGAACUGUGCUGAGUGAUUCAAAAUGGGUUUAUUCUAAGCCUGUUUCACAAGUAUUUAUGCAUGAUUUGUAGGUAAGAUAAUAUAACUGGUUUAUGGAAAAAAUUGAGUUUAGUUCUAAAAUUCAUUUUCUCAGGCCUUAGCUUGUUUAUAAACUACCAUGUAAAUGGGUUGUUUUCCUCUUGCAUUCCAUUUUUGUGUUCUUUUGCAUCUUUUGCAAUACUUAGAUACUAGAUACUAAUAAUUGUUUCAUAUUAUGGUUAUUGUGAAGGAAGAAAUGAAAUUUGUGCCUAGGGAUGUAAAUUAUUUCUGAGCACAUGGUGAAAUUAUUGAGCAAAAACUUGAAAGGUUUUGGGUAUUUUAUAAAUAACAUUCCUCUGUAUGUCAUGUAUCAUCUCAGACUAGUGAACAAUGUAGAGUGUAACAUGAAGUACAUACAAUGAAAGUAAAAAUGUUUGUGGUCCUCA